AUGAACCCAUAUGCAACUGAACCAGAACAUAUCCCGCCCACUGACUUGUACGCCGACAUCCCGCUUUAUGGACGGUAUCGCCCCAAACCAGGCGAUUUCCGUGUAAAACCCGAGCAUAUCGGCUCCCAAUCCUCAGAUGCAACGCAAUACUGGGAGUCAGUAGUGAGUCUCUGUGAUGAAUCGACGCGAAUCUAUCCUGCAGACGAAGGGGGUCGCGAUGUGUUCGCCCUGGGAAGUGUCAUCGUCAAAUCAGGCCAUCUCCAUGACACACCCGAAAACGAUUAUUCCUUCGCCGAUGCUAAUGAAGUCGAGGCCAUCUCGAUUGCCAAAAAUGUCCUCGGGAAUAUCAGAGUACCGGAAAUCUACUUUGCUGGCAAGAUCCGGGGCCGCCAAGUGCUGAUCCAAGAAAGACUCCCGGGUGUUGCGCUGUGUGUUGCAUGGCCGUAUCUUUCCCAAGGCCAAAAGGAGUCCUUUAAAGAGCAGGCAAGAGGGAUCCUCCGUCAGCUCCAUAUUAUCAAGCCUCCCGAUGGAUGCCGGGUUCGGUCCCAUGUUGUGCAAGAUCUGAACAUUCUCAGCAACGGUCGGAUCAAUCCUCUGGAAGGCGGGAUUAUCUUUUCAGAUAGGAAUACCGACCCAGACUUGAGCUUUAUGCAUAACGACUUGACUCAAUCCAAUUGUAUCGUUGAUAACGACCAGAUUGUGGGACUAAUCGAUUGGGAGAUGGCUGGAUUCUUCGGCUGGAAGACGGCCGGCGAGGUUCACCGGAGGAUUCGGACGCCCCAAAGAGAGCAUUUUGUGAAGGCCUCUCUAAGCGAAGAGAGACUUCAGGAUAUUAUGUUCUGGAUUGAUCUAUACGACUGUCAGGUUAGCCGGUACCCGGAUCAGCCGGAAGAUCAAAAGUAG